UCAGUCAGCUAUCGUACACAGUACCAGUAUCCUCCCAACUUGACUUCUUAUGCAAACUGGAAAAUAUCUACUUAAUCCUGAAAAUUUGUGAACUAUACAGACCAUCAUGUCCUUAAAAAACUUAAGCAGGAUCCCAAAGAAUUGCCUGGUGGUUGUACUGCUGACCCUUGGCUUCCUCGUAAUACUGAGUAAUGCAGCAUGUAUUGAAAACAAGAUGAGACGACCUAGCAAUAUGCCAAAACUUGAUUACUGCAUGGAGAAUGGUGAGAAGCGACCACUGUAUUCAUCGUGGGUCAGGUCUGACUGCAUGAACUGUACUUGUGGAGCUUCUGGAAUGAUAAGUUGCUGUUCACCCUUGGAACCCCGAAGUGAAGGCUGUAUAGCUGUAUUUGAUAAAGCCACCUGCACCUUCACUCUGAAGAGAUCUGACAACAGUAACAAAGAAUGUGUACCCGAAAUGGCUAUGUGAAUACUGAAAAAUAUUCUACAAAUCUUAAUAUCUAUGUCAUGUGUGUUCUAACCAUGUACCCUCCCGUCAGUGUUGAUUUUAAAUAUGUAUUCUUGUGAAAGCUCGCAGCUCAGCAAUGGAUCACUAAUUAGUUCACAGGUCGCACUUCUAUAAGGAAGUUUGUCAAUAUUGUAUAGAUUUUAAGUAGAAUGAAAAUCAAUACUGUAUAGUUUUUAGUACAAGAUGUGUAAAAAGUAUAUUUCUUUUUGCUUUUUUUUAACUCAAUGACUUGCUAAUGCUUAAAUAGCUCAUCAGUUUCGCAAGAGACUCUUUGAUUUGAACCUCACCUUAAAUUGUGCAACAAUGGUGCUGUGCAGCGAGUAAUUAUAGAUUUAAAAGUAAUAACAUCACCAAGCACAAACAUGUACAAAAUAAUUAUUUCUUGCUGCAUUAGAUAAUUCAAAUAUUAUUCCGUAUAGUGAUGUCACAAGAUGGCAAAGCAACACAUUUUUUGGUUCAUUUAAAAAUAGAGCACCUCAGCCUGUUUGUACCAGACACAUAGAUUUUUACAUUAAACGUAAAGGAACACAGAGAUCUCAAAUGAACCACCAUGAUUAAUUAAUCAUUUACCCCUAUAUAAGAUUGAUACAAAUUGCAGGGGGCAUUUUUCAUUUGUCACAUGGUGGCAGAUAGAAUUUAUAUGUGUCCAUUGGCUGAUUCACCAAUUAUAUCUUUACAUCCACUUGAAAAGAGUCACAGAACCUAUGUAUAAAGACAUUGCCGUUCUAAAAGGGACAAAAUAUCUAUUUGAGCAUAUUACCGUUGAUUUGUAGCUAAUAAAAAUAUUUCGUUUUUUUAACAAGAACUGAACAGUAUUCAUAUCAUCUAAAGUAAAGUGCCACAUGUGAGUCUACUAACACAACAUACGAGAGUCUUAAUUAAUUAUAUUUUUAGUAGAUCUCACUAUAAGCUGUUUUGUAAAAAGAGGGGACAUGCCAAGUCCACAGAAAUUAAAGGAUCACUAUAGGGUCAGGAACACAAACAUGUAUUUCUGACCCUAUAGUGUUAACACCACCAUCUAGCCCCCCUGGGCCCCUCAUGCCUCCAUAAAUAUAGCAAAAUCUUACUGUAUUCAAGCCUGAAGCUGUAACUCUGCAUGCUGUUUGCCUAAAAAAAAAAAAAACAAGCAGUCUGCUGACAUCAUUAGAAGUGGUAGCCUGAUCCAGUCACAGUGCUUCCCCAUAGGAUUGACUGACAAAGAGGCAGAUCAGGGGCAGAGCCAGCAUGAUUCAAACACAGCCCUGCCAAUCAGCAUCUCCUCAUAGAGAUGAAUUGAAUCAAUGAAUCUCUAUGAGGAAAGUUCAGUAUCUGCAUGCAGAGGGAGAAGAUGCUGAAUGUUUGGAUGCAUUUUAGGCAGCCAUGACCCAGGAAGGAUCUCUAACAGCUAUCUGAGGAGUGGCCAGUGAAGUUAUC